AUGCCAUCAAACAAUGUGACCCAUACAAUCACACAGUGGAUACAAGAGUAUGGUCCGGUCGUCUCUGUAUGUCAGGGAAAUCAAGUCUCAGUCAUCAUUGGAAGUGUAGAGACAGCCAACGAUAUUAUGGAGAAACAAGGGAGUGCUCUCGUUGAUCGCCCCCGUGCCAUAGCUGCUGAUGAAAUGUUUUCUCAAAAUACACGUCUUGUCCUUAUCCGUGCCGGGUCACGGUUUCGUCGGUUUCGCAAAGCGACACAGCUACAGUUACAACCGAAGGCAAUCAAAGCGUACCGAGACAUACAAUCAGAGGACGCGAAACAGCUCGUGUGCGAUAUUUUGAAGGCACCAGAGAAACACCAGGAACAUGUGAAACGAUUUUCGAACUCGGUCAUCCUGCGCAUGACAUAUGGGAAGUCGACACCGACCGCGAGCACGGAUCCUGAGGUAGUAGGGAUGAAACUUGUGGUAGACCGUUUUGGAAUUGUCAUGCAACCCGGUGCUUUUUUGGUUGAUCGCAUCCCUAUUCUGCGGUACGUGCCCUGGUAUGGACGUCAGUUGAAGGCCUGGUUUCGUGAGGAGUAUGAACUGGUACUAGGGCAGAUGGAGCGAGUAAACAAUGAGAUAGCAAGUGGUAUCGCUGGGCCGUCUUUCAUGCGUACACUUCUCGAGCAACAUGGGCAUCAGCUAUCGAAAAUUGAGAUGUCUUUUUUGGGAGGGACGCUUUUUGGUGCUGCUGCUGACAAUAUCUCUGCGGCCAUCACCACUGCUAUCCUGGCUGCGGCUUGCCAUCCCGAGGCACAAAUGCGUGUGCAAGAACAGCUAGAUACAGUCGUAGGUAGAGAACGAGCCCCAUCUUUUGAAGAUGUCCAGCGUCUUACUCAGUUGCACGCAUUUAUGCAUGAAUCAUUACGCUGGAGGCCUGUCGUCCCGCUCGGGUUCCCUCAUCGUGCCACGAGGGAUAUAAUAUGGGGUUCCGGAUCCCUGCUGGCGCAACAGUCUACGGCUGUCACUGGGCUAUUUCUCAUGAUGCAACUGCUUUUUUCCGACCCCGAAAACUUUGACCCCCAGAGAUGGAUUGAACCAUGUGGGCACAUUCGUUCCGAUCUCAAGUCUUUCCCAUUUGGCUUUGGCAGGCGGGUCUGUCCAGGACAGUAUCUAGCAAGUGAUUCUGUCUUGAUCACCCUUGCGUAUUUGUUCUGGGCUUUUCGAAUCUUGGAACCUAAAGAUGCGCCCAUAGAUAGGUGGGCAUUCGAAGAAAAUGUUAUUGCGCACCCACAGCCGUUUUCGGUCAUGUUUUCCCCUAGGUUGGAUGUGGGGCAUUUGGAAGAAGCCGUGGGGCAAUCCUAGAUAUGUACAUAACCUUUUGGGACUAUGUCUUGUCGGAACCGUCCACUAUGAUCCAUUCCGUGCGUACAUUCAGGUGUAGCUUGGCCCAGGAAGCAUCAAUAAUGAGCGUGAUGCAAAUACAUGAAAGCAGCCCAAUUUCCCUCUUCGACUGGUUAAUGAACAACGGAUGCGGUAUCGACAGCACCACUCUGCGCCCCGAGUGCCUGCUUUGUGCACCUUUGUCGAUCGGCCUGCAAUUUCUGCUUACUCUGCGUUCAAGACGGAACUGAUGAGUCGAUACAAUUGGUAAUACUGUGACCCCCGUCGAAUGAACACAGCACUA